AUGUUCAGCGUAUUUGAUGUGUUGUGCAAACGAUUGAUGAUGUCUUCAGCUGUGAUGAUGGAUCAGAUGAAUGUCAAAGUGGAUGACGAGUGUCCACAACAAGAGUCUACGGAUGGAGUGAAUGGUGUGAUGAAGAGCGGCGCCGAAGACUCAAUUAGUCCACUCUAUGGCCACCAGUUGUCGACUACAUGUGUGUCUUCGGCGCCGAAAGAGUCGUGGCUUUUGAGGCUAUUUGAAGCACAACUGUUUGAUAUGUCGAUUGCCAUCACUUAUCUGUUUAAGUCGAAAGAGUCGGGUGUCCUCUCAUACCUCGGCAAUCGGAUGUUCACAUUCACCGACUCGGAAGUGGACGUGUAUUUACCACAACUCAUCACUCUCUACAUCCAUCACACAGACAUCGCUGAAUCGCUUCACCCAUAUCUGGUCAGUCGGUGCCGAAGCAGCGCUCAUCUGUCACUACAAUUGGUAUGGCUUUUGAACGCUUUCUGUAACGACACCGUCUAUUCUUCGGCCGCUAUUCCCAAGCCAUCCAACUCUCGCCGCAAAUCAUUAGGUCUUAAACUCCGAAAUUUGAUUCUAUCCGAAGAAUUGCGUCCAAAACAACAACGACUGCAACAACAAACCCAAAGUCUUAAACUCCGAAAUUUGAUUCUAUCCGAAGAAUUGCGUCCAAAACAACAACGACUGCAACAACAAACCCAAAGUCCGAUGUCUGCGACCGCUCCUCAUAAGUGUACCCAUAAUAAUGGACACGAAAAUACAAAACUGUGUCCCAAUAUAACCAACAAUGAAAACGUAUCGUUAAAUCCCAUUCAUUGUAUUCAACAGCAAAACAAUUCAUGUAAUGAUCACUCGAUUACACAAACGAAAUAUCAUAACAAAACCCAUCAGCGGUCGUACAGCGACUUCAGUUGCAACCAAUCCUUGUCUCUCAGAUCCGGUUCUCUCAGACCCGUCGGUCUCUCGUCUCAGAGCAAAGGGAGAGUAACUUUGGGUGAUCUGACAUCUGGUCGAGCCUUUGACAACGGAUGCGUUUGUUUCAACACAUGUUAUUGCGUUUGCAAUGAACUUCUUGGCCAACGGGUGUCUCUGUGCCACUGCGGGGCUCCACGACUGACAGCUGAAUAUGAAUUCAUUAAAUGUCUCAUUAAUAUUGGUCUUCGACUACAAGCCGUUCCAACAAAAGAAGUGAAAUCUCAGCGCUUGAUUGCAGAGCUGUUGCAGCUCAACAUCAACCUUCCGGCUCGCGUUUGGCUUCCCAUCUAUAAUGUGCCGCAUAUGAUAGUGAGAGUACCCCCACAGGCGGCUGUACUCCUCAACUCCAAAGAUAAGGCCCCGUAUCUGAUAUGCGUCGAAGUGAUCGAAGUCGACGACAUUAACGCCACUCCAAUCCCUACGAAACAAAUUCAAAGUUUAAGGCAAACCAAAUCUGUGGAGAAUUUGAUCGAAUUCGGCCAAAACCCCAAUAAUAAGCUGAAUGGCAACACUAACCCCACGAUUACACGAAUCGCGAGUCACAACCAUAUUAUGUCUUCAUAUCCUUCUGUUUUGGACGACUCGGACUGUUGGACACCAGAAGACGAUGAGGUGUCGAAACAAUAUAGACUUCGGAUGCGUUCGUACGAUAAGGACACGAUCUCGCAGUUGUCUCAGGACUCGGGCACGAGUGGAGACAACGCUCAUCCAGUGUUUGUCGCCGCCGGAGAUAUACGGCGAAGACUGAGCGAAACGAUAAACGCCCCCAAAACUAGUUUCGCGCGCUGUCCUGAAGAUCCGUCGGCUGCGGCUCUUAAGGAGCCCUGGGAUGAAAAGGUGACCCGAAUUCGAGAGUCUUCUCCGUUCGGACAUCUCUCCAAUUGGAGACUUUUGGCUGCAAUUGUCAAAUGUGGCGAUGAUUUAAGACAAGAGCUGAUGGCAUAUCAAUUGUUGGCCGCUUUGCAGAAAAUAUGGGAACAGGAAAGAGUCCCCCUUUGGCUCAAACCGUAUAAAAUAUUGGUCACAUCAGCCGAGAGCGGUCUCAUUGAGGCCAUUCUCAACACAGUCUCUUUGCAUCAAAUCAAAAAACACUGCAAAAUGUCAAUACUUGAGUACUUUAUCAAAGAAUUUGGUUCUCAGACCAGCGAAGAGUUCCUAACAGCCCAACGAAAUUUCGUGCAGAGCUGUGCCGCCUAUUGUAUUGUUUCCUAUUUGAUUCAAGUUAAGGACAGACAUAAUGGAAAUAUUUUGCUCGAUUCUGAGGGACAUAUAAUUCAUAUCGAUUUUGGUUUCAUUUUAUCCAAUUCUCCCAAAAAUCUUGGCUUUGAGAACUCGCCGUUCAAAUUGACUCAAGAAUUUGUUGAUGUGAUGGGAGGACUGGGCAGUGAUAUGUUUGAAUAUUUCAAGAUUCUGAUACUGCAGGGCUUGAUAGCGGCCCGAAAGCAUAACGAGCGUAUCGUAACGUUGGUAGAGAUAUUACAGACCAACUCUCAGUUGCCGUGUUUUAAUAACGGGGCCUCAACUGUGAAGGCGCUGAGGGAACGGUUCCAUAUGGGACUCACUGAAGAACAGCUACAACUACAGGUCGAUUCAAUGGUCGAGUCUUCUAUGCAUUCGCUCACAACUAAACUAUACGAUGGCUUUCAAUAUCUGACGAAUGGAAUACUUUGA